ACCCCCACGCUGAUCGUGUACGGGGACCAGGACGCAGAGCUGGGGCAGGUCAGCCUGAACAACCUGCGGCACAUCCCCGAGCACCAAGUGCUGGUGCUGCGGGGCGCCGGACACGCCUGCUACCUGGACAAGCCCGAGGAGUGGCACCGCGGGCUGCUGGCCUUCCUGCGGCAGCUGCAGUGA